CUGCUCAUCGACAACUACGACUCGUUCACCUACAACCUCUACCACUAUCUCGCCGAGCUCGGCGCGGAGGUCCGGGUGGCGCUCAACGACCGGAUCAGCGCCGACAGCGUCGAAGCGCUCGGGCCGGACGCCAUCGUGGUGUCGCCGGGCCCCUGCACGCCCAAGGAGGCCGGUGUCUCCUGCGAGGUGAUCCAGCGGUUCGGCCAGCGAAUUCCCAUCCUGGGCGUGUGUCUGGGCCAUCAGUGCAUCGGCGCCGCCUACGGCGCUCGGGUGGUGCGCGCCGCCGAGAUCAUGCACGGCAAGAUGUCGAGAGGUACGAAAUCUGCGCCGCCGGAGAUCACAAAGAACGUGCCAGAAGUCUGGGAAAGCCCACCCACCCCUCCUCUCAUCGGGUAG